ACCACGAUUCCAUCGUUGCUCCCAGCUUUCUUCCCCUUUGCCUCCCAUUCCAACCUUCAUCCGCGUCCCCUGUAUAUAUGUAUAGCACGGGCAGGUAUGCCAUUUGCCAUUGUCUGAGCCUUCCCUUGUUUUGAUCCACUUCAUCUCGACUCUCACACAGGCGAAGAUACUGAGGGAGAGACUUCCGUUGCAGAGUUUAUAGCACCCACAGGGGAACCUAAAGAAAUGGCUUCGCUCACACGUUGCUUAUACUGCACCGGAGUGGGACCCAGGGCCCACCUCCUCUCCCUCUCCCUCUCCCUCUCCCCUUCCGCCUUCCGCCUUGAGCCCCCUCUGCUGACGCCGGCCCUCGGGAAGCCAGCCGCUGCCCACCGCCGCCGCCCUGAUCCGCCCCGGGUGGUGGUGGCCGACGCCUCACCGCUUUUCGCGGCGGAACCGGCCACUGCGGCGGCCUUCGACUUCAAGGGCUACAUGCUCCAGAAGGCGGCGGCCGUCGAGCGCGCCCUCGACGAGGCCGUGCCGCUCGCGCACCCGGAGCGCGUCCACGAGGCAAUGCGCUACUCCCUCCUCGCUGGCGGCAAACGCAUCCGCCCCGUUCUCUGCCUCGCGGCCUGCGAGCUAGUCGGCGGCCGGGACGCCUGGGCGAUGCCCGCCGCCGUCGCCGUCGAGAUGAUCCACACCAUGUCCCUCAUCCACGACGACCUCCCCUGCAUGGACAACGACGACCUCCGGCGCGGCCGCCCCUCCUGCCACCGUGCCUUCGACGAGCCCAUCGCCGUCCUUGCCGGCGACGCCCUCGUUUCCUUCGCCUUCGCCCUCCUGGCGGACCCGUCCUCCUACCCCGCCGAUGCAUCGGUGACCACUGACCGGAUCGUCUGUGCAGUCGGCGAACUCGCUAGCUGCGGAGGCGUCAAGGGCCUGGUCGCGGGCCAAGUGGCCGACAUCGAGGCCACCGGGCCGGGAGCCCCGGCCAGCCUCGACCAGCUCAAGUUUAUCCACCUGCGCAAGACCGCUGCUCUGAUGGAGGCGUCGGUGGUCAUCGGCGCCAUUGUGGGAGGCGCCUCCGAUGACCAGAUCGAGCGGCUGAGACAAUACGCGAGGUGCAUCGGGCUGUUGUUCCAGGUGGUUGACGACAUCCUCGACGUGACCAAAUUGUCGGAGGAGCUGGGGAAGACGGCAGGGAAGGAUGUGGCCAGCGGGAAGACGACAUAUCCAAAGCUGUUGGGGUUGGAAAGGUCAAGGGAGUUUGCUGAGAGACUGCUAAACGAUUCCAAGGAGCAGCUUGCGGGAUUUGAUCCGACGAAGACGGCGCCUUUGCUACAUCUGGCAGAUUACACCGCCUACCGCCACAAGUAGAUCACGUUUUAGAUGCAUGCGUGCCUGCCUCGCUCAAAUGCUAGUAAUAGGGUUUGCAUUGGCAAUUAUGUCAGAUCCAGUGGUGGUGUUUAAGCUACAUGGAGAGAUUAAUCAAUCUUUCCCUACUACUGUUGUUCCUCAUCCCUUUAUUUCUGCUAUGCAUUUGGUUAUGCAAUUAAUGGAAUAUAUAAUUAAAUUUGGGAGGGAUA